AUGCUGCCGAAUGUUAUGGAACAGUUCAAUCCUGGACUACGAAAUUUAAUAAACCUGGGAAAAAAUUAUGAAAAAGCUGUUAAUGCAAUGAUCCUAGCAGGAAAAGCCUACUAUGAUGGAGUGGCGAAGAUUGGAGAGAUGGCCUCCGGGUCCCCUGUGUCCACUGAGCUGGGCCACGUCCUCAUAGAAAUUUCCAGCACCCACAAGCAGCUCAAUGAGAGUCUUGACGAGAACUUCAGAAAAUUCCAUAAGGAGGUCAUCCACGAGCUGGAGAAGAAGACGGAGCUUGACGUGAAGUACAUGACUGCAACUCUGAAGAGAUACCAAACCGAGCACAGGAGUAAGUUAGACUCUCUGGAGAAAUCUCAGGCAGAGCUGAAGAAGAUCCGAAGGAAAAGCCAAGGUGGGCGGAAUGCACUCAAGUACGAGCACAAGGAGAUGGAGUACGUGGAGACCGUCACUUCUCGCCAGAGUGAAAUCCAGAAAUUCAUUGCAGACGGCUGCAAGGAGGCAUUGCUUGAAGAGAAGCGGCGUUUCUGCUUCCUGGUGGACAAGCACUGCAGCCUGGCCAGCCACAUGUACAGCUACCACCUGAAGUCUGCAGAACUACUUAAUUCCAAACUGCCCAGGUGGCAGGAGACCUGUUGUGAUGCCACCAAAGUGCCAGAGAAAAUUGUACACAUGAUAGAAGAAAUAAAGACCCCGCUGUCCACCCCGGUGUCGGGGACACCUCAGCCGUCACCCAUGAUCGAACGGAGUAGCAUGGUCGGGAAGGACUACGACACCCUCUCUAAAUACUCACCGAAGAUGCCCCCGGCCCCUCCAGCCAAGCCGUACACCGGUCCCUUGAUUGACAUGUUCAGCAACCCAGCCGCAGCUGCGCACAGCUCAGAAAGGACGAAGAGCUCUGCAGACACCUCGGAGGACCCCAGUCUGCAGCGGUCGGUGUCCGUCGCCACGGGGCUGAACAUGCUGAAGAAGCAGAAGGUGACGACCAUCUUCCCUCACACCGCGGGCACCAACAAGACCUUGCUGGGCUUUGCACAGGGCGAUGUCGUCACGCUGCUCAUCCCCGAGGAGAAGGAUGGCUGGCUCUACGGGGAGCACGACAGCACCAAAGCGAGGGGUUGGUUCCCGUCCUCAUACACAAAGCUGCUGGAAGAAAAUGAGAAGGAAAUAGUGACGGUGCCUGCGCCAAGCCCCGCACCCAUGAGGAGCGUGAGCACGGUGGACCUGACUGAGAAGAGCAGUGUGGUCAUCCCCCCUCCCGACUACCUGGAGUGCCUGUCCACCGGGGCAGCCGGCAAAAGAGCAGACGCCAAAACCACCACCACCUUCAAAGCCUCGGCCCCGGCGUCCAGGCCAGAGGCCACGACUUCCAGUGAUGCAGAUGGGAACGGCAAGCCACCUUUCCUCAGUGGAGAAAACCCCUUUGCUACUGUGAAACUCCGGCCAACGGUGACAAAUGACCGGUCGGCGCCAAUCAUCCGGUGAGGCCAAGGACCCUGGCUGUCCGUGUGUGGAGCCCUCGCCUGCAGUGACCACCAUCAUCCCCUACUCCACAGAUCAGUGGAGCACAGCUGGGCUGACACGUUUCUGUCUUUAGAAUAGCUUAGUGACCAGUUCAGUCAUUUCAGAUAUUUGCCUCCUACUGUUCUACCCCAAAAACAGUAAAUUUGGUU